AUGCCAAUCCUUUCGCGAUAUAGCGCUUCUACACAGCCUGCUUUGAGGAUACCUCAAUUAGUGUCAAGGUCAUACUCAAAUGCUCAAAAUGACGAAUUAGAAAGAACCAAAUUCAAGCAAUCUCAAGACUACUUCAAUCAGUACAUUGAAGAGUAUUACGAAGAUGAUCAAGAAGAAGAACAGCAGUCUACCUCAGAAAAGCCCAAGGACGAGCCUUGUGUAGAUUCAUUAGAUGGUCUCGUGACGAUUCUUAGACAAGAACGAGCUCAAAAUAUUGUUGUGCUCGCACUCGGUCAUGAUGGCCCUGGCGUCGUGGAUAUAAUGGUGAGACUAGUUGCCUUUAUUACUCCUACUUACAUGUGUAACGGCGACAGCUCCGCACAGUGCAUCACAUCACUACGCGCAUACUGCGGAGCGUUGCCAUUGCACUUUUGUACGUAUGAAAAUGAUCUUCACAUUGAUUUGGUCAUAUCUAGUGAGUUGUUCUUUGCACUAAAUGUUUUGAAUAGAUACUAAAC